CUUCAAUGACCUUCUCCCUCGUCAUUUAAAAUCAGGUGAAGGGGUUCCUCCAUUUAUGAUUUAAUAAUUUAAUUCAAUUUUCGGCACUGCGAAGACAAAUUUUCAAUUUAGAUGCCUAUUUUUUAAAUGAAAUUGACAUAAAAUCUGUCACCCACUAGUACCUCACAAACGUUAGGAGGGUACCCGUUCCACGUGAUUUUUUAACAUUCGGACGACGUCACAUCGUCUUCCCCUAUUCCCGUUCUUCGCAAAAAUUUGAGUAUCGAUUCCCGGUAGUGCACUGUUCUACACCGUGGACUCGUGAAAAAAUCCUUUUUAUAAGACCACAAACGUCAAUGUCAAAUGUCAAAAGCUGAUUGUGCUGUGUCGCUGUGUGAUGUUUUGUGAUUGUGCUUUUUCAUCGUUGCUGGGAUAAUUCCCGAUUAUUUCUUCAAAGAAAAGGUUUAUUUUUGCUCGCAAAGGAGGAUAAAACGGCAAGAAAAUGACUGUAAUUAAUAAGGUAUGUAUACCCUCCAUAAACCACUUCUUUUCUUUCGAUAUUUGUCUAGCAGAUAGUAAAACUUUCUUUUGUUAUUAAAAUGACAAACCGAUGGUUAAAUUUUUGUUGCAAUGGGCCAAGACAUAUCAGCGCAAAAGAGGCACGCUUUGCUAUCAAAGAAAAAGUCUAGAAUCCAUUCUACAAGCGAGGGAUCGAGCACAUCCGAGCCAGAGCAAGUACUCGAGGAAAAAGUACUCAAACUUUACAGUUUAUGACAUCGUUUAAAACCGUAUUUUGAUCACUCUUUCAGAUGGACGUCGAUGGUGGGCCUAAAGGCGAAGGAUUUAGAUCAUAUUAUAUCCAAAAAAUUGAGGAGCUACAGCUUAUUGUUGCUGAGAAAAGCCAAAAUUUGAGGAGGCUUCAGGCACAGCGAAAUGAACUGAAUGCAAAAGUUCGAAUGUUGAGAGAGGAAUUGAUGUUACUUCAAGAACAGGGAAGCUAUGUAGGAGAGGUAGUAAAACCAAUGGAUAAGAAAAAAGUCUUGGUGAAGGUUCACCCUGAAGGAAAAUUUGUUGUAGAUAUAGACAAGAACAUAGACAUCAAUGAUGUUACUCCAAACUGUAGAGUUGCACUUAGGAAUGAAAGCUAUACUUUACACAAAAUCCUUCCAAAUAAGGUUGAUCCACUAGUUUCUUUGAUGAUGGUAGAGAAAGUCCCAGAUUCAACUUAUGAAAUGGUUGGUGGGCUAGAUAAACAGAUUAAGGAGAUCAAAGAAGUUAUUGAGUUGCCUGUAAAACAUCCUGAAUUGUUUGAUGCUCUCGGCAUUGCUCAGCCUAAAGGGGUGCUUCUUUAUGGACCACCAGGUACUGGGAAGACCCUGUUGGCCAGAGCAGUGGCCCAUCACACUGAAUGCACCUUUAUCAGAGUCUCUGGCUCUGAACUGGUACAAAAGUUCAUUGGAGAAGGCUCAAGAAUGGUCAGAGAGCUGUUCGUGAUGGCCAGAGAACAUGCACCAUCUAUCAUCUUCAUGGAUGAAAUUGAUUCUAUUGGCUCAUCUAGAAUUGAAUCUGGAAGUUCUGGCGGCGAUUCCGAGGUCCAACGCACCAUGCUGGAACUUCUGAACCAACUGGAUGGUUUCGAGGCGACCAAAAACAUCAAAGUGAUCAUGGCGACGAACAGGAUUGACAUUUUGGAUCCAGCCCUGUUGCGUCCCGGCAGAAUUGACAGAAAGAUCGAAUUCCCGCCACCGAAUGAAGAGGCGCGAUUGGACAUCCUGAAGAUCCAUUCCAGGAAGAUGAAUCUUACACGAGGGAUCAAUUUAAGGAAGAUUGCUGAGUUGAUGCCUGGUGCUAGCGGAGCUGAAGUCAAGGGUGUAUGCACAGAGGCGGGUAUGUACGCUCUGCGAGAAAGGCGCGUGCACGUGACUCAAGAAGAUUUUGAGAUGGCGGUCGCAAAGGUAAUGCAGAAAGACUCCGAAAAGAAUAUGUCUAUCAAGAAGCUCUGGAAGUAAAUACAGUUAUUUUUAUUUGACUAGUAUCAAUGUUCAGUUUUGUAAUAAUCGCUUUCUUCGAUCUAAGAUCUAUUAGAAACCAGCGUGUAACUCUAUAAUUAUAGUGAAGGUAUGUUUUCAA